AUGUAUCGGAAUGAAGAUGUCUCGGUAGGUGCGUGGUUGGCUGGAUUGGAUGUGAAAUAUAUACAUGAUCCACGGUUUGAUACGGAAUUUCGUUCGAGAGGUUGCAGUAAUCAGUACAUUAUUACACACAAACAAACGCCUCGAGCUCUUGAGAAUCUGUACGCGUCAAUGGUGAAUACGGGUCAUUUGUGUGAGCGAGAAUUUCGUGUGCGUGCAUCGUAUGUUUACGAUUGGUCACAACCACCGAGUUUGUGUUGCGUGCGAGAUAAUAGCUCGACUAUUCCAUAG